AUGGAGCCCGAGAUUACUAGGAGCCAAUGGUUUCAGGCUGCCAAUGAAGACGACUGCGUUGUCUUACAGAUGAACCUAAACGACUUUCAGCGUGCUCUGGACAGCAAGGGCGAGACAGCACUGAUGGUUGCUGUUAGGGCUGGAAACCUGGCUGCCGCCCAUAUUCUUGCAGAGGUAGAGUCCAAGAUGACGACGCCAACUGGACACACCGCGCUGAUGUUAGCCGCGGGCUCAAAUAAUACGGAUUUGUGUCGUUUGCUUGCACCUUUGGAGAGCGGAAUCACGACUGACACGGGCGUUAAUGCUCUUAUGGUUGCAGCAGAUACUGGAAGCAAUGACGCGCUGCGUGUUUUGGUUGAUCAUAUUGGUGACGACACUGAUUCUGAAGGACAUACCGCUCUCUUUUACGCCGCCCUAAGCGGGCAUAUACAGUGUGCAACCAUACUUGUACGAGCUUUCCCCCCAACCAAAAAAGAACUAGUAAGUUGUAUCGAUAUGGCGACUACCCAGGGGGAUGUGCAGAUGCUAGACUUCUUGAACGGUCUACUUCAAGAAAUCGUCGGGUCUGAUUCUAUCAACGAUGUCAUAAGAGAGUGUCGUAGCGCAGCUGCACUAGAACGAAGCAUAUCUAAAGGAGGGGAGCCUACUUCCAUUGACCACGUUUCGUAUGAUGACACUAGGGUCAACGAAGCUUGUUGUAGCGCUAACGUCAGCUCAGACGACCACCAGCAUGCAACAGUGGACAGUAUGUAUCCUUACAGCGUAUAUGCCAGUCCUCCAGGAACUGACACUCCGUGGGACUUAGAUUCGAAAAAUGAUCUUGUUGUAUCGGACACAUCUAUUGAUGUACGUUCUAUACAAACUGGAGAACUGCAUGCAAAUCUUCAGCAGGGUGGCGCCUCUAUCUUCAAUUCGAGCUCACCGACAAGGCGGGAUAUCGGUCGGAAGGGGGAGGAGAUAGCGAACUUGCGGUCUCAGCUCUACACUGCAACGUAUGAAAUACAGCGGCUUCAGAAUCUACUGAAAGAACAGAGUUGUCGCUCAUGGGAGAAUAAGUUUUCCAAUCUUGACAACUCGUUUACUACUCCAACUACACCAGAUGCAGACAUACGACGGUUGCAAGACAAGUGUUCAAGCCUUGAGUUGCAGGUGUCCAGCCUUGAGCUAAGGAACAAGCAACUGCGUAUGUCCUUGGAUGACAUAGAGCAGGGUCAAUCCAGCAAAGUGCUGCCUGAUGCAGCAAAGAACGAGGGCGUCACAGAAGAGCUCACUGUGGAGCAAAUCUUGGAGUUUUUACGCAACAAUAAGGAUAGCGCAGAGCAGGUAUACAACGACUUGAAGCGAAGCAUGAGUGUCCCUGAGCAAUCAUCCACUGGGAGACCCCAAAGUAUUGUGCCUAUUGAUGCUGACACUGAUGGGCCAUGUAAUAAUGUGGACGACGUGGGGAGCAAUUGCCCGGACACAUCGCACAGUAGCUCGAUUGAAAUGGUUGAAAUGAGAAGCCCUACCCCUGGUUGCACUGUUGUUCCAGGCUUAGAGGAGCGCCUUGAAACAGAAAACUUGUCCUUGCAGGCUGAAGUUGAAGCACUAACGAGGCAGCUGGCAACAAGAGACGAGCAAAUUAAAACCCUGCGGCAAGAGCUAUAUGACCUGCGUCAGUCUCAGCUUAAAAUGAGCAUGACUAUGGGACCCAGCAUGGAAAGCGUAAGGCCACAAAUCGCUUCAAACAAAUACGAUUUGAGUGAGACAAACCAUGAAAUUGAAGUUGAUAUGACUAUCUCUAACACGUCUUUCUCGUUUCCAGAGUCGCAUUAUGGCACUAAGGGAGAAUCUGCAGGGUCUAAUCAAAUGGCCAGCGAGGGUCGCGAGUACGUCAUGUCAUUUGACAUAGGGACUGAUCAAGAUAUCAGAUAUAGGGAACCGCCCACUGCAAAGCUUCCUCCACUCCCGGGCACUAAAUCUAAUGAAUUUACGGAAAUAAAUGCAUCUGUUGUCCAGAUAAAGCUUAAUAAGGUGCAGCUGGAGCUUCAGGAGGCCCUCGACGACAAGCAGGUCAUCCUCGAGCAGCUUAGAGAAGAACGUGAUGAAAAAUCCCAGCUGGUCUCAGAGCUUACUGUUUGCCGCGACACAAUAGAUCACAUGACCUCAGAGAUAGAGGAGCUCAAAGAUAGGCUGGAUGAAUCUCUUGCAAAAGAAAGUACGCUUUCCAAUGAUAUCUUGGAGCUUCGAGGCCGCAUGACCUCUUCACCAAGACCUGGCGAGUGUGGCUCUCCAGUAAGCGUUUUAGGAUUCAAUGAUAACAACCAGCAGCCAUCUCCGAAGAUGGACGAUAUAUACGACAUUAUAAGAAACUCUAAUUCAUACCAUGAGCUUUUGAUUAAGCUGAAUUUUAGCCCCGAUGAAAUAGACGAUAUUCUAUCUCAUCAAAAGGCAUACGAUAGAGAUGAUCCCGCAGACGAUGACCCUAAUAAGAAUCUAGUGCAUGAAAUUAGCACUAUUAAUCUUAGAACAGGCGCCGUGAGUCAUCUUCCGGCAGAUGACGAGCUUGAAAAAGAACUCACACGCUUGCAAAAUAGCAAUGAUGACCUCGAGAAGAAGUGCAUGGAUCUUCAGUCCAGCAAUGUGGUUUUGAGCGCCGAGGCAGGCAAGUUGGCAUCCGAGAUCAUUGACUUAAGGGAGCUGCUAAAAGAGCAGGAAAAGAAAUAUGCAGAUAUCUUGGCCGAAAAGGCCAUGUUGGAGGCUCGGCCAGCUUAUGCACAUAGAGCAAAUCACGAUUCUUUGUACGAAAUUCAACCAGAACAAAAGGAGAUUGAAGCGUGCACAAAUGUGCAGACUAAAGGUCCCCAAGCUCCUUUGUCAACACAGUCAACGCGGCCAGCAAGCCUCCGAGGAGAGGGCGACAGCCACGUGUAUGCAUCUGGAGGUAAUCUCGACGAUAGGGCAACUUCAUAUUCUGGCUCUAUAACUGAUGAACUAUGCAAGAAGAUCUCGAGCAGACGGGGAAGCAGCGUAAGGCAGGAGAAAAGCGACCAAUCCGGACGUCGGAAUCCGUUUGACAUGCGCGACUAUGUGCCGGGAGACGAAGAGGACAGCUACUUGGCUGCUCUCCAAGACGAGAGAGACAGAAGAAUGACAACGCAAGAUCUAGAGCCAGGCUCUAGCAUGACGUCGACGACGACGAGCACCGCUUCAUUUUGUCUCAAUCUUAUUGAUGGCAUAUAUACUAACGUAACUCCUUUGAUGCGAGCUGUUUUGAACGAUAAAAUCAGCGAAGUAGAUAAGAACCUGAUGUAUGUGCGUAAAACAAGAUCUGACGGUGCCACAGCCCUCAUGCUUGCAGCGUAUCUUGAUAGGGCACAGAUUGCUGAAAAACUGGGCCCUCUUGAAGCAAAUAUUCGCGGUCCAGAGAACCUCACCGCAUUGGAGAUUGCCCUUUACAAGGGGAAUUACGCUACGGCAGCUAUACUUAGGUCUCUUGAGGGAAUCGAUAUAGGCAACGGCAUCAAAGUCACAACGAGACGCCACACUGACCUUAUGACUGCGGUGACCGAGAACAAUCCGCUUACCGUGUGGUGCUUGAUUCCCCUCCAGGGUCGCGUUCAGGAUUGGUCCGGGAAGACUGCACUGAUGCAUGCAGUUGAGCAGAAGAGGACAUUCUGUGCACGAAUUCUCGCGACAGCAGAGACAAGGAUUCAAGACAGGAAUGGGUUCACGGCUCUGAUGUAUGCAGUUGUAAUGGGCAAUAACAAUCUAGUCAACUUGUUAGUAGAAGACGAGGCAGGAUUUGUCGGUCGCUGGCACGAGCGUUUGCCAUCGAAGUUCACGGCUCUAAUUCUCGCCUGUUACCAUGGCCGGCUCAAAGCGGCAACCAUCCUUCUCCCUUUUGAAGGUGGUAUGAAGGAUAGCAUUGGUAGAGGCCCCAAGUACUACGCCCAGAAUUGCAGCCCACGUGUUCCUCCCCAGGUAAGGGCGUCGCUGAUAGAUCUUUUCAGCGAUUACAAAUACAAGUAA